UGUCCGAAUUGCACACAGCCGACUGCUGGGAAUUUGAUGUCAUAACUCCGGCUGUUGUAUAGAUCGUGUUCCCGAAUUUGCUACUUUCACAUCGGCUGUUUGACUGGGUGACAACAGUAUAGUUUCGCUUUUAAAAUGUAAUUUUUAUUUAUUUGCUGUUGGUUUUGCUUUUGCUUACGAUAAAGAAGUGAUUAACAGCGUGCUGCUCACGUUUCCUUUCCGAUGGUUUUGCCAGUCCCCACACUACUGGGAUGCUGGGUCGCGGUUACAUGCUGCAGUGACCGAGACUUUCGCAGGCUCCCCGGGAAAUCUGCGUUUUCUGGCUCUUCAACCGUAAUAUCUGAAUCCGAACAAUAUUUGAAGUUGAACGCUAAAGUUGAAGUCAAUUCGUCAUCGAAGAAGAGCUUUUGAACGAUCUGUACUAUUUUAGUGAUUUACGUCGUACUUCGGGAGAGGAUCUCGCUGGUACGGGCUGCAGAAGCGCGUCUCUGUGAUGCGCGCCCCUGGAUUUUACGGGACUGGGAUAAAUGUGGCAUUUCUGAGACGCAGGAACUUUGUGCUUUUGUGUGUUGAGCGAUGGGAGCGGCAUGCAUGUUCAGCGUAAAAUAGUUUACAUAACGUUACAUUUUUGCCGGCCGAGGGUCGCGUCGGCUCAGGAUGUCGGAUGGCUCGCUUCAGGUGUAAGCUCGUCCUCGGUACCACACGGACACUCCGCUUUUACAGAUGGACAGACGCCGGGAGAAGUAACGCGUCGCAGGAUUUUUGCACCGUUUUGAUCUGCUGUAUGCAUGCGUGUUAACCGAGAUAGAAUAUUACUGGGAAUUGCAUGAGCUUUCACGUCUUUAAUAUGUGUGCCUUCACAAGAAGAGCUGCAAAGGAUACCCCAGCGAUUGUUUGAUAUUUUCCUCGAAAAGCUCCGAUUCAUGGCUAAAACAACAUCUGACAAGGACAUAUGUUUGUACAUAUCGCAUGUUAUUUGUUUUUAAAUAGGAUGAAAAGUCUUUUAGAUAUUCGGGUGUCGCUCGUAGACGUUUCUUGUUAGUGUUGUAAUGCUGAUGGCGUAAACCCUCUGUUAACAUGGAUGAUAAAUCCAACAAAGUGAUCCUGCUUCCAGUUUUAGCUGUUCUUUUUGUAAUGAUCGGGUACCAAUAUAUAUGUCCUGCAGGGAGUAACUCUUGUCCUCUGAGGACAGGGGAAAAGUUAACGGGACUAAGUCCCCCGUCCGAUGAAUAUUCGUCAGCUGACGAUCUAUACCGAGACCAAGAGCUGGAAGACGAUUACCCUCCUAAAUUUCAGUCGAAAUUUAACUUUACAGAGAGGGACCUGGAUCGUCAGGUGGAUUUCAAUAUCAAAGGAGAAGACGUGAUCGUGUUCCUGCACAUCCAGAAGACGGGCGGGACCACCUUCGGGAGACACCUGGUCAGGAAUAUCCGCCUGGAGAAGCCGUGCGAUUGCAAGCCGGGCCAGAAGAAGUGCACUUGCUACCGGCCCGGUAAAGAGGAGUCCUGGCUCUUCUCGAGGUUCUCAACAGGCUGGAGCUGCGGUUUGCACGCAGAUUGGACCGAGCUCACCAACUGCGUGCCAGAUAUUAUGGAGAAGAAAGAGUCGCAGAAGAACCGGAGGAACUUCUACUACAUCACGCUGCUGCGCGACCCCGUGUCUCGCUACCUGAGCGAGUGGAAGCACGUGCAACGAGGGGCCACCUGGAAGACGUCGCUGCACAUGUGCGAUGGCCGCUCGCCCACGCGGGACGAGCUGCCUACCUGCUACCAGGGCGAUGACUGGUCGGGGGUGGCCCUGUCGGAGUUCAUGGACUGCCCCUCCAACCUGGCCAACAACCGGCAGGUGCGGAUGCUGGCCGACCUCAGUCUGGUGGGCUGUUACAACCUGUCCUCCAUGAACGAGAGCGAGAGGAGCCGGACCCUGCUGAGCAGCGCCAAGGCCAACCUGAAGAACAUGGCCUUCUACGGGCUCACCGAGUUCCAGCGCAAGACGCAGUACCUGUUCGAGCGAACGUUCCGCCUGCGCUUCAUCUCGGCCUUCACGCAGAUCAACAGCACGCGCGCCGCCGCCGUCGACGUGGCCGAGGACGUGCGCCACCGCAUCGAGGCCCUCAACGGCCUCGACGUGCAGCUCUACGAAUUCGCCAAGGACCUCUUCUUGCAGCGCUACCAGUUUGCACGCCAGCGGGACCGCCACGAGGAGCGCAUGCGGAGGCGUGAGGAGCGGCGGCGGCUGCGUGAGCAGAGGGCCUUCCUUGCCAAGCACCGCCGGGGGGCAGAGCCUGAUGGGGCCGAGGUCACCACCACCCAGGACUACGCCAGCCAGGUGGCCUGCUGGUGAUGACGUCACCACAGCGAAAUGCAGCCCCUGGAGGAAAAUGGGGCUAAAAAGAGACCAGCAUUACCUUUAUCUCUCUUUCUCUAUUUCUCUCCCUCAUCACACUCUGUCAUUCAUCCCUUUUCACUCACCUUCAGUGUAAUCUGGUCUCUGACGUUCUCUGAAACACCCCAAAGUCACCAGUCCUGUGACUUGCACAGUAAACAUACCUUGGAGCAUCUCUGUGGUGUCUUAACGUUUAACCUGGGCACACUUAAUUGGUUUACAUAUUUCUGUGACAGAAAUCCCGCUCCAGCCAUUUGGCAUUACGGUUACUAUCAUGCAAGCGUCUCUUCAAACGACAGAGGAAGAUACGCCAUUAGAUACAGUGGAAAUAAGCUGAACAUGUGCUUGUAAUAAGAAUUUGAAGGACUGUGGGUAUCUUGCAGGAUACAGGCGAAUUCUCUAGCCGACAAAAUCCCAUUCGUUUAGGUGAAUCAGGAUAAUUGUAGCUACAUCUGUUGUUCGUGUUUGUACGGCAAGUUUCAUAAUGAACAACGAAAGGAAAAAUGUGAGUCGGCGUUUGCCUCGUGGAAAAGGAGAAAAGGGCAGCUUAAUUCCGGCGUCUAGCUCGCGGUGCAGGUGCGAGGUCCACAUGUAAAAACAUCAGUUUCACAACCUGCUAUUUUACAUUUUCGGUGAUCGAUAUAAUUAUGGAUGAAAGUUUACAAGAAGCAGAAACACAAGGAAUAAUUAUGCGCGGUAGAAAUUCAUGAAAGAAAAAACCCAGUGCAGACCUGAAAUAUUUAGAGCGGCAACCCAGACAUGGGUGUGACAAAGAUAAAACAGGAUCAGAAUCGCGAGAUGCGACAUGUACAUUUGAAACAGGUACUUAGUGUCAGCCGGGAGGUUCUGCACUCUGAGGUCUUUAAUCUCACGCCGGUCUUUGAUGGCUCAAAGACACGCAUCACAGUGCAGGUACAUUUGUCUUGUAUAUAUUAAGGCACAAUCCGAGUGCAACACUUUCUCAUUUAUUUGCAGCCUUUGAGCUGCUGUAAAUAUUGCAAAUGGGGACAAGAGGAGACAUUGUGGUUCUCGCUUUUAAAGCCAUUCUUCUUAAGUGUUCCUUUUGGGCCAUUUUUAGUAGUGAAGCAACAUUGAUGACGUGCUGAUAUGCAAAAAACACCUGGGGGGGGGGGGGGGGGGGGGCUAAAAAAUCUGCCUUUUGCAGGUCCCUUCUUUCAAGACGCCUCACUGUCCCGAAUGAACCCGCAACACCGGCAUUGUGUAAAGUGUCAUCAGUGAGCACAGAAAUCAACCUCUGGCCUUUUAAAAUUAUGUCCUCGUAUUAUUUGUGUCCCACACGUUUCAAUGAAACAUCAAAUGCCAGGCGAAGGCAGCCAUGCCCGCCUCACAAGGCCCCCUGGAGAACGUGUGGCUGUGUGGUCCUGGGGUGUGUUUAAGGCUCUCAUCUACCUUCCCGAAAUGAUAUAUAUAUGCGGGAUGAACCGGCAAUGAAAGGCCCGCGAAGAUGCCAAGAGAUUAUUGUUAUUAUUUAUUUAUUUUUAGUUUUUUCUUUCUUUAUUACGGUCAUAAAACGAAGGUCGUAUAAAGUACCCCUUGAAGCCCAGGAAUUUAGACCCCUCACAUGCUCGGAAGCUGUGGAGACUGGGUGACCGCCGGCUUGUGUUCCAGCACCAUUUGCAUUAUAUUAGAGUUAAUUGCCACUUUCACCUGGGUCACGCGUCUGAUUUAGCGGUUUCAGGAGUUGGGCUUGGUGUGUGAGAGAUGGCGGACGCCCUGUUCCGCACUACAGGGGUGGCCCUUCUGCCGUGCUGAAGUCUCAGAGAUUUACGUUUAUUUUCGUAGGUUUUUGUUUGUCUCCUAUCAUGCUUAAAUCUUCACCUGCAUGAAGGUCAAAUAAGGCAGUGCGAUAAACGUUCCGAUUCAAUCUUCCUCGAAAACAAUGCAGAUCCCUUUCUAGUUCAUUUGAGCUUUUCAGAGAAAGUAGAGACCAUGCACAAUUUCUGUCUCCUCACCGGUGAAUUUUAGGAACAUGCUGAUAUCCAGGUAGAUGCUGACAAUAUCCCUGGUAAAAAUGCUCUUGUUUCCGAAGCAAGAAGCUCGUGGCCUUGUGGAUGUGUAUCUAUAUAUGAUAACGUGUCUUUCUCCAUAUCAGUGUGGUUGUCUUCCUGCUUGGGUCUUUAUGCCUACGUGUGUGUGAGAGUCUUCGUGUGAAUGUGUUAUUUCUGUAGAAAAAGGGGCCAAGCAGGCCGAGUUUCGUAACUUCCAUUCUUGUAUAGCUGGAGUUUGGUUCCCCAGCGCUAAAACGGAACGUUCCCAAAGAAGGAUGGAAUUUUACACACCUGAUAUCGUCACCACAUUCUAAAUAUUUGGGCUCUAACGUAGGAAGCCCCAUUACAGAUAGUCUAAGCUGGCUGCAGCCCCAGUGAAUGCUGGCGACAGCCGGAUCAAAGAGUUCGAUGAAGCGAUUCCACUCAAGGUGCUUUUUCCUGACUGGUUGACAUCAAGAUUUUGUUACUCAUGUAAUUUGUGUUUGAGAUCCAGCUGGAAGACAUGUGGUAGUUGCCUCUGUUCUGGGAAAAAAAAGUAAAAUAUAGGAAAACAUGUGUAUGCUAAGAACACAUUCUUCAGAUAUCUACAGUGUGGCCAUACGAAGUCGGCCAUUUCAAAGUUAUGUGUGAGUCUGUAUGUCCCCAUCUAAAUGAUUGUUAUGUAUACAAAAUGGAGGCCCCAAAGCCACUCAAUGUUGCUACUUAUAUUCUGACAUAUUUGAAAUGCUGACUGGAUCAUAUCAAAGAUGUUAUAAAUAAAUAAAGAAGGAGAACAUCUGAA